ACCGCUCUAUGGAAUAUUCUUAACUGGUCAUUUGACCAGUCAGAUCCGCACAACCAAGUAAUCUAAACCAAAGGAAAACAGCCUGCUAUUCUGGCUGAAUGGAGUCAAAUUCUUGGGAUUUUUUCCCUUUAUUGAUUUCUGUGCAUCUUUUUCAGUUUCCAUACAUGUUUCUCUUUGAUUUUAUAUGAUAAAUAUAAGUUGUAUUGAUUUAUUUCAUGCUUAUUGACAUCUGGCUGCCCAGGUUUAGCAGUAGUGCGUUAGGUAAUAACACUGCAUUAGGUUAUGAGCCAACAAGGAAGACCUCCUCGGCAGUUAAAAAAAUUCUGUGUAGCUCUUUCUUUUCCAGUUGCAGGCGCUUCGGAAGCAGCCGAUUACCGUCAAGCCAUGGCCAAGUCCAAGAACACAACCAAUCCCGGAAAUGGCACAGAAACGGCAUCAAGAAACCCCGGUCACAAAGACACGAAUCUCUCAAGGGGGUUGACCCCAAGUUCCUCAGGAACAUGCGCUUUGCCAAGAAGCACAACAAGAAAGGCCUGAAGAAGAUGCGGGCAAAUAAUGCAAAGACCAUGAGUGCACGUGCGGAGGCCAUCAAGGCCCUGGUGAAGCCCCAGGUGGUGAAGCCCAAGGUGCCAAAGGGCCCCAGCCACAAACUCACCUCUCUCGCUUUCAUUGCUCACUCCAAGCUUGGGAAGCGGAUUAGAAGCUACAUGGCCAGGGGUCGUAGGCUCCAAAAAACAAAGCCCAAGGUUCAAGCCAAGGCAGAGGCCUCAGCUGCAGCUCAGGCUCCUAAAGGUGCCCAGGCCCCUGUGAAGGCCCCAUAAAAAAGUCUCAGUCUGUCAAUGUGAAGACAGAUGGACUGGUGUGAACACCUACACAGUAUUUGCAGAUGUUCAGGACCUUAUGCUGUUUUUACAAAUAAACUUGAGGCA